AUGAGCUGGUUCCGCACGCCUGAUGGGAAUCAGGUUUGGGUGCCGCGCGAAGAGAUUCUGUACACCCUUCGACCAGCACCUAAGGAUCUUUCAACCAAGGAGCUCACCUACCUCUCACUGGGGAGCAGCAAACCGGUCUUCCAGGAGAUUUUCGAAGAUGAGACCUGGGAUGGAAGGAAGAGGCGCCAUGCCAGAAAAGCCGUCGGCAAAGAACGGGGCUAUCUGGUACGAGUUGAAAUGGACGCGCAAGCACGUGUGGUUUCGUGGUUCAAGGCGGCGCUUCAGAUCCUUGUUCGCGAGCAAGUGGUGUCCAAAGUUGACCCCAACGAGGCGUUCAGAACGGGUCAGCGCAGGAAGCAGCGCGGCCAACACAAUGAAUGCCACGUGGAAACCCUUCGGAGGUGCCACCAUGGAGUGUGCGGGCCUGGAUUUCAAGUACGGGUCUCCUCCAGUGAAGCUUUCCAAGAGAUCAACCUCUUCACCAAUCACCAGGUCUUACCAGCCGAGACAUGGGACCACGCCUUGUCAGAGGCCUUGCAUCGAGCCUAUGGCCGGGUCUUUUUCGCAGAGGCCGAUACCCGAGACCUUGAAGAUUCACCAGGAGAACUGGGACAUCCAGUGGACCCACAUGAGGCCGCGAGUGCCUCUUUUGAUCCUCACUUUAAGGACGAAGAGGCCUGGCUUGCGAACCUCCUGGGACGAGAUCUACUGGCAGACGAUGUGGCACCAUGCUCAGAGGAGCCACAAACCAGUGCUGUGCUGCCCCGCACGCGACCACGUUGGGGAGACAUUUGUGAUGACGAAGUCGAUGAGACCGAAGCUAUCCUCCCCUGGCCCACCACUCCUGCGACUAGCGAUGCCGCUGCCGUGGUGAAUGAAUCGGUUGAGACGCCGCCGGUGGCUGAAAGCCCGGGGCAGCGCCGGGUACUGCAGGAUGGGAGCCGCUACCCAACUCGACCUUCCAGGGCUUCCACUGUGCAGAUGGAGGCACAUGACCUGCCUCGAAAUGUGCAGCCGAAGCGGAGGGCCAGGUCCAAGUCGCAGGCGAGGGACACCCAGAAAUUGAACGCACCAGGGCGGAUGGCGGCGCCGUCGAGCCCACCCAGGCGGAGCUGGGAGGUGAUGUCAUCGUUGUCCCAUGGGGAACCGCCUAUUGUGGACAUUGAUGAUGCAAGGGUACCCAGGGCCCACCUCCAGAUGAGACCCACAAAAAAUGAGGAGUUGAAGCAACUGAAAAAGCCGAUUCAUGCGAGCGAACUUUUGGAUUUAGGUGACCCUGGUGUCAUGGACGGACUUGGGAUGUCCAAAUCCCCCCAGGUGAGGGGCCUGGCCGAAGGUAUGGCCGAAGAGGAUCCACUUCUUCGGGCCAAGGCCAUGUUGACCUCUGAAAGCAAGGUGGAGGAGGCGAUGCGGAUUUCCAUGUUGCCUUGGAUCACCUUCUUGGGAACGUCUUGGCUUUUCCUCUAUUGUUACGAACACGUGCCAUCGUUGGUCCUCCUCCUACUGGUUCUCUGGACGCUGAUGUGCCUUUGCACCUUGCUGGCCAUGCAGCUGAGACCGAAGGUGGCGCAGGGCAAGCAUGGAUUGGUGGUGGUCCUGAGCCUUGUGGGCGUGUCUUUGGGAGUCAUGUUUGGGUACUGGAACUACAGCCGGGCUGGUGGUGUAGGCGAUUACUGGGCAGCAGGCGGCACGAUGGUGCACGAUGUGCUGCCAGAGUGGCUGGCAGACGCGCACCGCGAUGCCGGGGUGUUGGUCUUCCAACAACACAGCAGGCUGGCCGCCGGGGAAGUUUUCCGCGUUGGGGUGUAG